AAAUAGUCCCAUGCAGUGGUUCAGCAGGGCUCCGCGCUAUACGAGAUCUUGCCGACUUGAGAUAGCGAUUUUGUCGAUGCAAUGGCGAGCAGGCCGAAAAGAUGAUGCCUUCAAAAGCCGUAAUAAAGCAGCUCCCGCCGGCUGAUAUCGAGAUGAUGGUCUGCAAGUCCUCGCUCUGUCGAUAUCUUUGUUGAUUGCGUGGCAUCGAUUUGAUUAUCGUUGAACCUCGAUACUGCCUACGAUGAAAACAUUUAUACAUAUUACUGCAUUUUCGUUUUCAUUCCUAGGAGCAGUGCAUGCAGUGCCCAGUCGCUCCCACUGUCGCUGUACUCCUUCGGACGGGUGCUGGCCCUCGGCAGCGAGAUGGAAAGCUCUGAACGAAUCCAUUGAUGGAAAUCUCGUUGCGCUCAAGCCCGUCGGGAACGUAUGCCAUGACCCGACUUUCGACGAAAAUGCGUGCGCAAAAAUAACGGCAAUGCAACAAGAUUCAGUGUGGCGAUCCCAAGUGCCCGGUGCAGUACAGUAUAUAAACUGGGAGACAUGGCCAGAAAAGGAGGAAAAGUGCUACAUUGAUAUGGAUCGAAAGACUCCAUGUGGUCAGGGCCAGAUCUCAGAGUACUCCGCUGCGGUCCACACGCCCAAACAUGUUCAGAACGCCGUGCGGUUUGCUGCUACGCAUAAUCUUCGACUUGCGGUGAAGAACACUGGGCAUUGUUUCCUUGGACGUUCGGUGGCACCCGAGUCCCUCCAAAUAUUUACCCACCAGAUGAAGGAUAUUAAAUUCACAGAUGAGUUUGUGCCCAAGGGCAAAAGGGAUCGGCGGGCUGUUGGGUCUGCAGUUACAAUUGGCGCUGGCGUGCAGCUUUCGGAAUUGUAUAAGGCGACAACAAAGGAAAACAAAGUUGUGGUUGCGGGCUUCGCUCACACCGUGGGAGCCGCUGGUGGGUAUAUCCAGGGCGGCGGACAUUCAGCUUUGGGGCCGUGGAAAGGAAUGGCUGUGGAUAAUGUGCUUGAAUUCAACGUGGUGACAGCAAAGGGGGAACACAUCACAGCCAACGACUAUCAGAACCAGGACUUAUUUUGGGCUCUCAGGGGUGGAGGAGGCGGUACUUUUGGUGUGGUGACCGACGUGACUCUGAGAACAUUUACAGAUGCACCCCUUGUUUCUGCGACUUUGAAUAUAACUCAGUUGGGUAACGCGAAUGAUUCGUAUUGGGAUGGAAUAGAAAGGCUCCAUGCUCGCCUCCCUGCUUUGAGCGAUGAGGGAGGCUCUGGUUAUUAUUUCAUGGUCCCGAAUGUUCAGGUCCCCGGGAUUGGACAGGCUGCCGGCGCGGGCGCUAUCUUUUUCUUCGCAAAUAAUGAUGAUACCGCCAAAAUCGACGAGGCGUUUGCACCGCUAUUGUCAUCCCUAGGCAAUAUACCGGGCCUCGAAGUGAGCUAUGCAUCUGAGCAGCUCCCCGGAUCAAAAUAUGUCCUGGAGGGGCUAGUCGAGGGGUCAGACCAGACGGGAGUUGCAGCUACCCUCGGAUCAAGGCUGGUAUCUCGCAAGUUUCUCGAAGGCCAAACCGGGCCUUCUGACUUGGUGUCUGUGCUGAAGAAGCUAAAACAUGACUCUGGCGCCCAAAUACUCGGCAAUUUCGUCGCCGGAGGCCAGGUUGCUAAGAACAAAGACGUGAAAGUUUCUCUCAAUCCUGCCUGGAGGCGGGCGCUUGUGCACCUGAUUUUCGUCCGUGGCUGGGACAAGAAAACCACUUUUGCGGAGCAGCGUGCUAUUCAAUCCAACGUGACGAACGUCGAAGUUCCGAUGUUCAAGAAACUAGAACCAGACAUGGGUGCGUACACCAAUGAAGCAGACCCGUACGAAAAGGAUUUCCAGGAGAGCUUCUGGGGCGAGAAUUAUCCGCGACUAUAUGAGCUGAAGAAGAAAUGGGACCCGAAAGGUCUUUUCAUUGUUCGCUCGGGUGUAGGAAGCGAGGACUGGGACGAGUACGGAUUAUGCCGGGUGCGAUGGCGUGACUGAAAGAGUAAAACCAUUCAGCCUGAUUGCGUUAAACUUGGAUGUCAACACGGGCUUUGUCACUUUGGCUUGCACAUCAAGCCCUUCCUUUCGGAAAAUUUGCAUUGCUUUAAUAGACCGGAUAACUUCAUUUAAUCAAUAAGAGCUCAAAUAGUGACCAAGUUCGGCCUGCUGGCCCAUUCUCAGCCAUCUACCCCGUGCCCCAUGCCCGUAG